GUAUUAAUGAAAUUAUGAUAAAAUAAAAUACUUACAGGUUUGUCCUCUUGAUCAGUGUACUAUUCAUCGAACCCAAUUUCAUCUACGUUUAGAUUAAAUGUUCUGACCAAUAUGUUACGGUAUAAUUUAACAUCUAUUUUCCCAAAGUACCUUUUCCCGACAAUGAUUUCCCAACAGGACAUAUUCCCAAAUAAACAUUUUCCUGAAAGCACUUUUUUCAAGAUGAUAUAUCCUGACGAAACGUAUCCCGAAAGACAUUAUCCCGACAUGACAUUUUUCCCAAAUCAAAUGAUGAAAAAUAAUCAAUCAUUUUUCGUAAACCAAUUUCGGGAAAAAAUGCUCGGGAAACGGUACGUAAGCACUCAUAGACUAGUCUCUCAACCGAUCACAAUACCAAAGACACGCUUUAUUAUGAUCUAUUUUGCGUUACCUUGGUUCCUUUACUUAGCUACCUACUUCGGCUACUUUCCUAUACAAUAAUACAAAUAUUUGCGAAAUUAAUUUAAAGAAACUUGAUGACGUCAAACCUCUAUAUACCGAUAUAGAUGUUUUCGGAAAAAAAUAUCGGUAUAUCAAAAUAUCGGUACAUUAUGAAAAUUUUAUGUACCGAUAUUAAUAAUAAAAUGUAGAUUAAUAUCGGUAUAUAAAAUUUUGUAUAAAAUUACAGUGUAUUUUAUAAAGAAAUUUCAUUUAAG